GGCUUCCCCGCCGACGCUUCCCGGCGGCGCCCGCGCGCGAGGGAAGGGCGGGGCAGGCGGCGGCUCGUGCGUCCGGGCGGCGGCUCCGCCUCCUGCCGCCGGGGACUGGCGGCGCCGCGGCGGGGUCUGUGAAAAACCUAGACUGCCAAAAUGAAUAAAGAUGCCCAGAUGAGAGCAACCAUUAACCAAAAGCUAAUAGAAACAGGAGAGCGAGAACGCCUUAAAGAGUUGCUGAGAGCCAAAUUAAUUGAAUGCGGCUGGAAGGAUCAGUUGAAGGCACAUUGCAAAGAUGUCAUUAAAGAAAAAGGAUUAGAGCACGUUACUGUUGAUGAUUUGGUGGCAGAAAUCACUCCUAAAGGCAGAGCCUUGGUACCAGACAGUGUAAAGAAGGAACUCUUGCAAAGAAUCAGAACCUUCCUUGCCCAGCAUGCCAGUCUUUAACUUCGACAUUCAUCUGGGAUACUGUGUUUCUGUUUCUGUAUUAUGUCAAUCAUGUCAGGAUUUGAAUGCAGUUUACAUACUUAAGGAUGGAAAAUCUUUUUUUUUUUUUUUUUUUGUAUGAUGAGUUGAAGUUUCUUUACACUGCAUCGAUUUCUUAAACUUGGUGUUAUUUUAAUAAAAAAUAUUGUGGA